GUGGUUUAGUAGGUGACACAGGGUAUCUCCGGGGUUUGGACAGUGCCGGUUGUGAACUUUGUAUUUGUGUACUUUUACACUUGCCAUGAUCCGUGUUUUGUCGAGUCGAUUUUUUAGAUUUUCCAGGUUCCCAUCAACCUCACAUACCUUGGAUUGGUGAAGGUCCCAGGUUCGAACCCCGGUUCCACUAUUGUUGGGCUAUUGAGCAAGGACCUUAACCUUCAGCUGCUUAGAUAUAAAAUAAUUCCUGGUCUUCAGCUACACACUACUGGUAGAUCGAUGGUGGCUUCAGUGGACGACUUUAACAAGGCCAAGGGUCAACUUGGGACACUAAAGAAUGACCCUGGCAAUGAGGUCAAACUCAAGAUCUAUGCCCUGUUUAAACAGGCCACACAGGGACCUUGUAACACCCCGAAACCAGGAAUGCUGGACUUUGUGAACAAGGCAAAGUGGGACGCCUGGAAGUCUCUAGGUGUUUUGUCACAGGAGGACGCCAGGCAGCAGUAUGUGGACCUCAUCUCGUCUCUGGUGGACGCUGAGGGACCUCCAGUAGCAGCAGCUUCACCCACAGGAAGUGAAAAGUCCUUCCAGACGCUGCUGGUCACGACAGAAGACGGCAUUACCACCAUCCGACUGAACAGACCACAGAAGAAGAACGCCAUCACUGUGGAGAUGUAUAAUGAGCUGAUUGAGGCUCUGGAUCUUGCUGGGAAAAACGACUCGGUCAUUACAGUCCUCACAGGCAGUGGUGAUUUCUACUGUAGUGGCAAUGAUCUGAACAACUUCACCAAAAUCCCAGAGGGUGGAGCUGAGAAGAUGGCUAAGGAUGCUGGUGUACUCCUCAGGCGGUACGUGAAAGCCUACAUUGACUUCCCGAAGCCUCUGAUUGCGGUUGUAAAUGGUCCGGCUGUGGGAGUCUCCGUCACAGUCCUUGGCCUCUUUGACAUCGUCUACGCUACAGAACGUGCGACAUUUCACACCCCUUUUAGCAAUCUGGGACAGAGUCCUGAGGGAUGCUCAUCAUACACUUUCCCUAAAAUAAUGGGAGCUGCAAAGGCCAGUGAGAUGCUCUUGUUUAAUAAGAAGCUUACGGCCACACAGGCAUGUGAACUGGGUCUAGUGACUGAAGUUUUUCCUGACAGCACAUUUCAGUCUGAGGUCUGGACCAGGCUAAAGGCCUACUCUAAACUGCCUCCAAAUUCUCUGGCUCUGUCCAAGCAGCUGAUCCGUCAGGUGGAGAAGGACAAACUCCACGCUGUGAACGAUGCCGAGGUGGAGAGACUAGUAGAGCGCUGGCUCUCUGAUGAGUGCAUGCAGGCCAUCAUGAGCUUCUUUACAAGCAAGGCCAAACUGUAAUGAGAACAGAUUCUUUCAUCUGGAGAUUAUAGUAUAAAGUAAUUUACUACUACAGUGAAAUAUGCUGAUCAUGAAAUUUCACUAUAAAUCUGUUGGCUUUAACAGGGAACUAAUAUUUACUCAGUUAUGCAUCAGUAAAGCAUAAAGAAGGUAACAGAUUUUUCCAGUGAUUGCUUCCAAGAAGAACUAUAACAGACAGUAAUGAGUGAAAUACGUCUAACAUGGUGCUUAUGUUCAUUCAUUGUUAUCAUUACGUGUUUUUUUCCCCCACACUAGGGGAAAAACUAAUAAUCAGGUUGCAAACAUCACAUCUUUUUAACAUGCACUUAUGUUUUAGUGUGAUCUGGCUUGUUUUUAUAUGGCCAGUGCUUUAGUAAACUGAUUCUCACACACUCAUUUCAGUU